AUGGGAAACUGUUUUUCAAUCACGGAUGCAUCAGAGAAGAUUCUCAAAGCACUUCCCGUCGAAACUGCCUUCAAGUUUCCAUCACCAUUGCCUACUUUUACUCAAGGUGGCAGGUUUGCGAACGGAACCAUUGACUUGGGAGGUCUUGAGGUUAGCCAAGUUCCGACAUUCAACAAGGUUUGGUCUACUUAUGAAGGAGGACCAAACAAUCUCGGAGUUUCCUUCUUCGAACCAUCCUCGGUCCCUACCGGUUUUUCCAUUCUAGGUUACUACGCUCAACCAAACAACCGUCAACUAUUCGGUUGGGUACUCGUAGCUAAAGAUCUCUCAAGCAACAACACUUUGAAACCGCCUGUAGAUUACACCCUCGUCGGAAACACCGAGUCACUCAUGAUCAAACAAGACGGACCUGGCUAUUUCUGGCAGCCAGUGGCGCCUGAUGGAUACCAAGCCGUUGGUCUUAUAGUCACAAACUCCUCGCAAAAGCCUCCUCUAGACAAAGUCCGUUGUGUUCGGUCCGACUUAACCGAACAAUGUGAAGCUGAUACAUCGAUAUGGGAAUCAAACGGAGUCAAAGUAUCAACCCUUAGACCAACCAUUAGAGGAACACAAGCUACAGGGGUCUGCGUAGGUACAUUCACAUGGCAACCUCAAAACACAUCUCCUCCAUCUUUAUCUUGCUUGAAGAACAAGAAACUAGAUUUCUCUACAAUGCCUAAUGGCUCCCAGACCGGAGUCUUGUCCAACACGUAUUCUCCAUUGAUCUAUCUCCACCCAGACGAAGAAUAUCUACCUUCCUCAGUUAACUGGUACUUCAGCAACGGUGCCUUGCUUUACAAGCGAGGCGAAGAAUCAAACCCUAACCCCAUCGAACCUAACGGUGCGAAUCUUCCACAAGGCGGAGCUAACGACGGAUCGUACUGGCUAGACCUUCCUAUAGACAAAAAGGGUAAAGAGAGAGUGAAGAAAGGUGACUUGCAGAGCACGCAAGCGUAUCUACACAUCAAACCAAUGCUCGGAGCAACGUUCACAGACAUAGCCAUAUGGGUAUUCUACCCUUUCAACGGCCCAGCACGAGCCAAGGUCAAACUCAUAACCUUGCCGCUGUGGAGAAUCGGUGAGCACAUCGGAGACUGGGAACACGUGACGUUAAGGAUAAGCAACUUCAACGGAGAGCUAUGGAGAGUGUUCUUAUCGCAGCACAGCGGAGGAGAAUGGAUCGACGCUUGUGAUUUAGAGUUUCAAGAAGGUGGAGGAAGCAACAAGCCUGUUGCGUACGCGUCGCUUCAUGGACACGCUAUGUAUCCGAAGCCUGGACUUGUGUUGCAAGGUAACGAUGGGGUUGGGAUAAGGAACGAUACGGCGAAGAGCAAGAAGGUGUUUGAUACGGGGUUAGGGUACGAGGUGAUUGCCGCGGAGUCUGGUGGAGAAGGCGGAGGAGUGGUGGAGCCGCCGUGGGUGAAUUAUUUUAGGAAGUGGGGACCUAAAAUUGAUUAUAGCGUUGAAGAUGAUGUUAAGAGGAUUGAAAGGUUUUUGUUUGGGGCUUUGAAAAGGGCUUUUGUUAACUUGGUGAAGAAGAUUCCUGAUGAAGUGUAUGGUGAAGAUGGACCUACUGGACCUAAACUUAAAGGAAACUGGGCUGGUGAUGAAAAAUGA